AUGUGUCCAGCACCCCUAGCAGCCGUGCUUGAUGGCGACCAUUCCAGCAUUUUACGCGACACGACGCUAGCUGAGGACAAUGCCUAUACGUGUCUUCGAGCCCUAGAAUCACUUCCAGAGGCUCUCAAGACCCGUGCCGCGGCUGGAAAGCUGUACCUACAGCUUCUUGCUGAGAUUCCCGGUAUCAGAUUCCAGCAAAUUCCUAAUGGUCCAGGCACAAACUACUACCAGGUUAGCUUUACAGUUAACGUCAAGUGCUUUGGGCUCAACGCAAAGCAACUCUACAAUGUUCUUGAAACUGGGAAUAUUCACUGUGGCGCGAACGGAAUGCCAUGUGUUGCUACGGGUGCGAGAUUCUCGCCUCACAGUAGAGUUGACAGCGAUACUGAACAUAGUCGAUUGCUAGCCACAACUUCAGUCACCCUCCCAAUCUCCAAUCGUAUCACACUCAGCACAGUCAGGGUGAUCUGUGAACUAGUCAAGCUCAUUCAUCUCAGGGCUGGAGACUUGUUCAAUAUUGGACUGAAGGGUCCCGGCGAUGUGCCUACUCAUAUCAACAAGCCUGCGAACAUCAUUGAUCUUGAGUCUAAGUUCCGGCAGUGUUUGAUCAUGCCUGUCUUGGACGAUGCUAGUAGAUAUACUAAAGUUAUCGAUCGGUGGAGCCGGGGUGAGUGCGUUGUUGUGGAGCUUCACAUUGAUUCAAUCGUGGGCACCCUAGUAAUUCUCGGCUCAAAGAACACGGGACAAUAUGCAGGCAAUAGCAGUCGAGUUGCAUUGGACGAGAGCGGAUCCUCAGCAAGCGUCGCCCUGGUGGCUAAUGCUGACGGCAAACUUACUGUUCAAAAAUCCGCUGCGGGUUACGGAAUUGACGGCAAUGGCGCGCCGUGGUUAAGACGGCAGCCAAUCUUCCUCAACAGCAGUCAAGCUGUGAAAACGACGGACAUGUUCGUUGUUCCCAUAGAAGUAAAUGAUAGCGGAACAGCCGUUAACCUUGUAUUGCCAUAUGUCCCGAGCCACUCGUUUGGAGAACUGGUGUUUGCGAACGUGGGUAUUGAACCUUUGGUAGCAGUCAUGGUGAAUAUGCUUGCUAAAAUGACCAGCAGUGUCUGGACAGAGGGCCAAGAAGUGGCAAACCCAUGCUUCAUACAGAAAGCGCACUUUAAUCGGAUGAGGAGGCGUGUUGAGAUUGCUCGCGCACAGGAUGAGGGUCUCGACAAGAUCCUAAAUCAAAAAACUGUCAGGCUCAAUGGAAAGCAGCUGCUUGAGUUUGAAGUCAUUAUGGAGAAACUCGAAAAACACCCUGCGUUAGGAGGGAUUAGAUCUGAAGAUUCCGAGGAUGUAGCGCUUAAUAUCGAUCCUCGGGGCGUUCCACUACUUGGCGAUGAUUCCCAGAAGAUGUUUGAGCGGGGCGACUACUGUUAUGAUGUUUCUAAGCUACUUUUCUCACUCACUGGGUUUUCGGAGAUCAGAAAACCGCUUUUCGAGUACUCUACCGACGGAGAUUCUCACUCGCUCAUGAUCAAGCAGCAUCCGGGGUCAGACACUAUGAGUGGUACUGCUCAUCUACUUCUUCCGAGGCUUGCUAUGAACAAGAUGAACAACCUACGAGUUCAAGAUUCCGAGAGAGAGAGCGUAGAUUUCGGAGUAGCUAUGAUUCAGCAUACGCUAUUGCAACCUCAGAUGUGCCCUUACGACGUGCUAGAAAUCUCAGUUAAGGCAGAGUCAGCCCCCGUGGCUCAGAAGCUACUGCGCGAUAUGGUCGGAACAUACUUUCCCACGGGAACGGUGGCCCAUCUUUCAACUGAUCCGUUUGAGCACUUUUGGGACCGCCCAGGCUGCUUGGCGAUAAUCCACCCAUUCAAUGGCGUGCGAGGGCAAACUCACAUGCUCGUGGCUGCGACACGUAGGACUAAUGCAUUCUUUAGAGACGCUGGAGCAUCCCAGAGCUUCAUUGAUAACCUUAGGAUUGUCCAUAUCUCUACCGGGUCGUCCUCACGCUCGCAACUCACUGCAAGGGCCAAUGAUAAACUUCUCUCUCCUGGGUCAUUCGGGAUCUUACCCCUACAACUGGCCGCGAUGCAAACAGCCCAGCUUCCUUUUCCGAGACCCGGUCGAUGGGUCAUCGAGAAUGAUUCGUUCUUCCUACUGAGCAGACCCCUGACCAUGAGCGGAGACAAUAUCUGCCUUUUAGCUGUUAAGCGGCCAGCAUCGGAGUCCAGCUCAUCCUAG